UGCCUUCAGACUUCAAUCUUCAAUCAUUUCCUGCUGUCGAUUCCGUAGCACUUCCUUUUGCAAAGAUUUUACAAAUCAGCGCAAGGAAAACGUCCAAAAAAACACUGCAAAGUCACGGUUUUGAGAACAAGUAUACCGUAGCGAGAUCACAAAAUGCCAAACUUCGUUCGUUCAUCGAAAUUUCGACAUGUUUUUGGCACGGGAUCGAAAAGGGAACAUUGUUAUGACGGAAUGAAAGUCAGUAAGAAUUCAUGGGAAGCUCCGUACUGUGCAGUCAAUCCUAAAUUCGUUGCAAUCGUCUUGGAUUCCGCUGGAGGUGGAAGCUUUCUUGUACUUCCCUUAGAGAAGGUUGGAAGGGUUGAUCUCAAUGCUCCAAAGGUAGCUGGACACAAGCAAGAAGUGCUUGACAUUGCCUGGUGUCCCUUCAAUGAUAACUUAAUCGCUUCUUCAUCAGAAGAUGCAACUGUGAAAAUCUGGCAAAUCCCUGAUGGUGGACUGGUGGAAAACUUGACUCACCCAUUGUUAACGCUUGAAGGCGUUCAUCAACGCAGAAUUGGUCACGUUGUUUGGAAUCCCGUUGCUGAAAAUAUUUUGCUUAGUGCAAGCCAUGAUAAUGUUGUUGCCAUAUGGAAUUUAGAAUCCGGACAGGCCAUACGAGUGAUUGAAUGUCAUCAAGACCUUAUCUACAGCAUCUCAUGGAACCAUAAUGGCAGCAAGAUUGCAACCACUUGCAAGGACAAGAAACUCCGGAUUAUUGAUGCACACUCUGGUGAAGUUUUACAGGAAGGCAAGUGCCAUGAAGGUGCUAAACCACAGCGUGUUGUGUUCUGCAGCAACAUGGGAUUCCUUUUCACAACUGGUUUCACUCGAAUGAGCAAGCGUGUUUGGGCCAUUUGGGAUGAGAAAAACUUGGAAAAACCCCUUCACCAAGAUGAAUUAGAUUCAAGCAAUGGUGUCAACUUUCCCUACUAUGACCCCGACACAAAAAUGGUCUAUCUUGUUGGAAAGGGUGAUAGUGUUAUUCGCUACUACGAAUUGGUUUCUGAAGCACCAUAUUGUCAUUAUUUGAGCACAUAUCAAAGCUCAGAUCCACAGAAAGGCUGUGGUUUUAUGCCGAAACGAGGGUGCAAUGUGAACCAGAAUGAAGUAACAAGGUUUUUCAAAAUCCACAGCACAAAACCACUUUGUGAACCUAUCAGCUUUACAGUGCCCAGAAAGUCGGAAUUGUUUCAAAAAGACAUUUUCCCAGAGACUGCUUCAGAUGAACCAGCCUUGACAGCUGAAGAAUGGGAAGCAGGAAAGAAUGCAGAACCUAAAACAAUCUCACUUGAAGCUGGUUUCAAACCCAGGGAGAAAGGUGGUACGUCUAUUGGAACUAAAAAUGUUAUGGCUGGAGUGAGCUCAAGAAAAUUGGACAAAUCUGAUAGCAGCGCUAGCCAAAAUGCUGAUGUUCAAAGUCUCAUCAAUGAUGUGAAAGCGUUGAAGGAGAAAGUCGAACAGAAUGAAAAGAAAAUUGCACAGCUCGAAGAGGAAGUGAAAGAACUCAAAGAAAAAUGAAUGGUUUAUCCCUGACCAAAUUGAAUUACCCGAAAUCUUGAUUCAAGACAUUAAGACCUGUAGAGAUGUAUUACUGCCUAUAAAAUGCUCUGUAAAUUUGUGGUCGAACAAAAUUUCGACUCAACUUGAACGUAUAAAUCAACAAUUUGAA